AAGCUAGCUAACUGCAUUAAUGAAUAAGCAGCAAUCAUUAUUAACCUUCAGAAAGAUGAAAGGCAGCAGCUCCCGAAAGAUUGUCCCUUUGAUGGCCCUUUCUUGGCUUUUCAUCAUUGCAAUCAUCAUCCCUGUCUACUACUACCUUUUCCACAACAUCAAUUACUCUUCAAAACCAGAAGCAGAAGCAGCAGCUUAUCAUUCUAAUUCUCAAAUAUCUAUUAACUCCCUCCUCUUCAAUCCCCACCACCACCACCACCAUGGCAACAGCAGCAGCUCCAUAAUUAAUAAGACUACUACCCCAGCCUCCUCUAGUGCUUCAUCAAUCCAAUUGGACAACAUUAUUAAUAACAAUAAUAAUAAUGGUGAUCAGGAGGAAUCAAUAGGUCACAAUAUCACGGCUGCUGCAUCCAAGAACGGGCAGGCGAUGACAAAGGAGAAGGAGUCGUGCGAUCUAUCUAUGGGGGAAUGGGUGCCUAAUCCGGAAGGGCCUUAUUAUACAAACACAACCUGCUCAGCAAUUCAAGAGCAUCAGAAUUGCAUGAGAUUUGGGAGGCCGGACACAGACUUUCAGAAAUGGAGGUGGAAACCGGAAGGGUGCGAGCUGCCCAUUUUUGAUCCACUUGAGUUUUUGGAGAUGAUGAGAGGGAAGAAGCUCGCAUUCGUAGGAGAUUCUGUCGCUAGGAAUCACAUGCAGUCUUUGAUCUGUCUCUUAUCUAGGGUCGGUGGUUCUGGUGGUCACUACUCACUAUAUUUUUACUACAAUUAA